AUGGGUUUGCCCGUAUACGAGGAAAAAAUGGUUAAACCUUCCGCCGAGGACGUUAAGAAGUAUAAAACGGUUGAAUUUAUCAAGUUUCUGCAGGGGCAAGAUUUAGAACUCUGUGAAGCGACGUUGGGAAAGUUAAAAAAUGCUGAGGUUAAUGGUCAUGACUUCCUCUUCAGAAUGAGUGAAAAAGAUUUUACUAGUUUUGAAAUUCCUGCCGACCUUGCAAGAAGGCUUGCUGAGCUUGCUAAAGAAAUAAGACUAGGACAAAAGAAAGAUCAAGAAAGUGCGAAUGAUACUAUAGUUGAUGCAAACAAUGAACUUUCACAUAUUGAGAAUUUGAUACUUGCCGAUGUUUCACACGAAUACGGUUAUGAAAUCCCAGAGAGUUGGACUGAUACGAAAACAAAACUCCGGGAUCUUUGCUUGGCGAAGAUUAUUAGGGUAAAUGACGAGUUAUCAGUAAACAAAAGAUACGAUCGUAUAUAUGUUAAGAUGAAAUGUAAAGUAACCAGUACAGAUCAUGGUAGACUUUCUAUUAGUUAUUAUGACGCAGAAUCUGCUUACGAAAAUUAUUGUGAAAUACUAUUGCAAGGGAAUAUGGAAGAGAAGGAUACUCCAACUUUUGACGAUUACAUGGAAGAAUUUGGGAAGGAAGUUCGAGAGGAAAAAAUCCAAGACAUUUCUAAUCUGCCAGAUCUUGAAAAAACAUUUCUCAAUAUACGUAAAGUUUCUCAAGAACAUUGGCCCAAAAUAUUUGAUCACUCUUAUCGAGAUAUAGCAAUCGCACGUGAUGAAAAAAAGUCGAUAUCCAUUGAAGAUGCUAUUAAAAAUUAUAGAAUAGGAUGGAAAGCUCUUCAUAAUAAAAAUAGUUAUUGA